CCACGUGGUUUGAGCGUGUCUCCAUGCUGGCUAUUCUUCUGAACUGUGUGACGUUGGGAAUGUUCCAGCCCUGUGACGACGUUCACUGUCUCAACAACCGUUGCUCUUUCCUACAGGCUCUGGAUGACGGUAUCUUUGUGUUCUUUGCGGUGGAGAUGCUGGUGAAGAUGGUGGCUCUGGGUGUUCUAGGUCAGAAGGGUUACCUUGGCGACACCUGGAACAGACUGGACUUCUUCAUCGUUAUCAUCGGGAUGUUGGAGUAUUCUCUAGACGGACACAACGUCAGCCUAUCAGCCAUCAGGACUGUCAGGGUGCUCCGCCCACUACGAGCCAUCAACAGAGUACCCAGUAUGCGUAUCCUGGUGACUCUGCUCCUAGACACUCUCCCCAUGCUGGGGAACGUUCUGGCACUCUGUUUCUUCGUCUUCUUCAUAUUCGGCAUCGUUGGCGUGCAGCUGUGGGCGGGGCUACUGAGGAACAGGUGCUUCAUGGGAGAAGACUUCAAAACGAUAUACAACGUCUCCUUCCUGACUGUGUACUAUCGUCCCGAGGAGACGGAGGACAUCCCUUUUAUCUGCUCAACCAAUCGGGAGAACGGAAUGCUGCGGUGUUCCGACGUUCCGCGCCGCCGAGUGGACGGGUCCUGGUGCAUGCUGGGGGCAGAAGGGGUAGGGGAGGGGCCUGUGGCAGAUGGACCAAUAGGAGGCGGGUGUGUGAACUGGUACCAGUAUUAUAAUGUCUGUCGGGCUGGGGAGCGAAACCCUCAUAAAGGAGCCAUCAACUUUGACAACAUCGGAUACGCCUGGAUUGCUAUCUUUCAGGUGAUAACUCUGGAAGGCUGGGUGGACAUCAUGUACUAUGUAAUGGAUGCUCACUCCUUCUACAACUUCAUCUACUUUAUAUUCCUCAUCAUCGUGGGCUCGUUCUUCAUGCUGAACCUGUGCCUGGUCGUCAUAGCGACCCAGUUCUCAGAGACAAAGCAGCGCGAGAACGCCCUGAUGAGGUCGGAGCAGCGUGCCCGUUACCUCAGCAAUGCCUCCACUCUGGCUUCCUAUCAGGAGCCGGGGUCCUGCUACGAGGAAAUACUGCGCUACAUCGGACACCUGUACCGCAAACUGACCCGCAGAGUCGCCCGGGCCGUCACACACUGCUCUACACACACACCUCGCUGUACUUGUUGGACACGCACACACCAACACACACCCAAAGGAGAGGUGAACGGACUGGCCAAUCGGCACUCGGGACACACCCAUGGCGUCUUCCACCUUCGUCCUCCUCCUCUUCCUCGUCCGUCUAACUGUGUGGGGGUGGAGAUGAGUAACGGGGGAGUAGGGAGGAAGGGCAGGGAGUUAAACUACCCCUCUAUCUACCCUCACGACCUCUACGACCUGACCCCCGACCCCAGCUACAUGACCUCCAGGGGGAGGGGCCACACCGUCACACUGGUGUUAGAGCACGAUAAGAAGGCAGAGCACAGGGAGUCGUUGCCGUGCCCCUACUGCGUCCACGACGACCAGCUUUGUGACAACGACCAUGCCGAUUUUGAACCUAGCAACCAGGGCCAUGGCAACCUGAGCCCUCGCCGCGUUAACAGCCUUCGGCGUGUAGAUGGACAGGCCUUGAGGCCAAUCAGAGACCUAGUUGGGUGGUGGGCGGAGCUACAGGCCAGGUUGGAGCAUGUGGUGAGCAGUAGAUACUUCAACAGAGGGAUCAUGAUCUCCAUCCUCAUCAACACUCUCAGUAUGGGGAUAGAGUUCCACCAACAGCCCCAGGAGCUGACUGACAUCCUAGAGAUCAGUAAUCUAGUGUUCACCAGUCUCUUCAGUCUGGAGAUGCUGCUGAAGCUGCUGGCCUUCGGACUCUUCGGCUAUAUAAAGAACCCGUACAACGGCUUUGACAGCGUCAUCGUCAUCAUCAGUGUAUGGGAGAUCAUUGGGCAGGCGGACGGCGGUCUGUCAGUCCUGCGUACGUUCCGUCUGCUGCGGGUCCUAAAGCUGGUCAGGUUCCUGCCCGCCCUGCGCAGACAGCUGGUGGUUCUGAUGAAGACUAUGGACAACGUAGCCACCUUCUGCAUGCUGCUCAUGCUCUUCAUCUUCAUAUUCAGUAUCCUAGGCAUGCAUCUGUUUGGCUGUAAGUUUGGUCUGAAGCUGGACAGUGGAGACACGCUACCUGACAGGAAGAACUUUGACUCGCUCCUCUGGGCUAUCGUUACUGUGUUCCAGAUUCUGACUCAGGAGGACUGGAAUCUGGUCCUGUAUAACGGUAUGGCCUCCACCUCUCCUCUCGCUGCUCUCUACUUUGUGGCUCUGAUGACCUUUGGGAACUACGUCCUCUUCAACCUGCUGGUGGCCAUCUUGGUGGAGGGCUUUCAGGCGGAGGGUGAUGCUAACAGGUCAGAGUCCGACGAUGAGAAACUGUCGACCUUAGAAGAGGAGGAGAAGAUGAAGGAGCUGUAUUCAGCAGAGUUGAAGCUCCAGGCGAUGAUGUUGACUCCUAAUGGCCUUCUGAAUCCCCGAGCCUCCAUGCCCCUCCCACCCACACAGUCACCGUGGCAACAACCGCCGCCACCAUCCCCACGGCAACGCCCGCCACUCAUCCUGCACACAUUGGCCACGCCCACAACUUGCGACAGCCAAUCACGACGGGGCAGCGCCGUCUCUACGGAUACAAGCAACACCCUGGACCCCAGGUCGCCGUCUCCAUGGGACAGCCGACGCGCCAGCUGGUCUUCUAUUGGCCGAGGUCCCAGCCUACAGCAGCGGAGGAGUCAAUCAAGUGAGAGGGAUUCUCUGCUGUCAGAUGGGGCGGGGUCAGAAUGGUCCAAUCCCAGCUGGGGGUGGAGCAGGGAGGAGUCUUUCGACCUCCUGGACCAAUCAGAGUAUCUGACCGUGCCGAUGCUCCGCCCACCUGACUGUAACGGGAAGACCUUUCACCUCCCUGACGCCGGGACCCUACGUUACUAUAGCGACCACGAGGAGGAGGAGGAGGACGCUGAGGAGAGUGUGUGUUUGCGGGUGAAGCUGGUCCUGGAGCCCUAUAAACCCCAGUGGUGUAGAGAUCAUGAGGACUGGGCUCUCUACCUGUUCUCCCCAUGUAACAGGUUUCGUCAGUGGUGUCAGAGAGUGAUAACUCACAAGAUGUUUGAUCACAUAAUCCUCCUUUUCAUCUUCCUCAACUGCAUCACCAUCGCUCUGGAGAGACCAGACAUACAGACACACAGUACAGAGAGAGUGUUCCUCAGUGUGUCCAACCAUAUCUUCACUGUGAUCUUCAUAGCAGAGAUGACCGUUAAGGUGGUAGCCCAGGGUCUGUACUCAGGUGAAGCAGUCUAUCUGAAGAGCAGCUGGAAUGUUCUGGAUGGACUGUUGGUGUUUGUAUCUCUGCUGGACAUUCUGGUUUCCAUAGCAUCCGCCGGCGGUAACCGUAUCCUAGGAAUCCUCAGAGUGCUGCGACUCCUGCGUACCCUUCGACCCCUCAGGGUGAUCAGUCGAGCCCCAGGUCUGAAGCUGGUAGUAGAGACUCUGAUCACGUCUCUGAGACCCAUCGGAAACAUCGUCCUCAUCUGCUGCGGCUUCUUCAUCGUUUUUGGAAUACUGGGAGUACAGCUUUUCAAGGGUAAGUUCUUCCACUGUGAGGGGGCGGACGUGAGGAACGUGACCAAUAGGACUGACUGUCUCCGUGCCGGCUACCGGUGGACACGACGCAAAUACAACUUCGAUAACCUGGGACAGGCGUUGAUGUCUCUGUUUGUCCUGUCCUCUAAAGACGGGUGGGUCAGCAUCAUGUAUGACGGACUGGACGCCGUUGGGGUAGACCAGCAGCCGGUGAGGAAUCACAACCCGUGGAUGCUCCUGUUCUUCAUCUCCUUCCUCCUCAUCGUCAGUUUCUUCGUCCUCAACAUGUUCGUGGGCGUCGUCGUGGAGAACUUCCACAAGUGUCGUCAGGACCAGGAGGAAGAGGAGGCCAAGGCCCGGGAGGAGAAGAGAGCCAAGAGAGCAGAGAAGAGGAGGCGGAAGGCCCAGGAGAGGCCCUACUAUGCAGACUACUCCCCGGUGCGUCUCACCAUCCACACGUUGUGCACCAGCCACUACCUGGACCUCUUCAUCACCAUCAUCAUCGCUACCAACGUCCUCACCAUGAGCAUGGAGCACUACAACCAGCCGCAGUAUCUGGAGGAGGGGUUGAAGUAUUGUAACUACGUCUUCACUCUCGUGUUCGUUAUCGAGACGGUCCUCAAACUCAUCGCCUUCGGGCUGAGACGCUUCUUCAAGGAGAGGUGGAACCAGCUGGACCUGGCCAUAGUGUUGUUGUCCGUCAUGGGCAUCACUCUGGAGGAGAUUGACCUCAACGCAUCACUGCCCAUCAACCCCACCAUCAUACGCAUAAUGAGAGUACUGAGGAUCGCUAGAGUGUUGAAGCUGUUGAAGAUGGCAACAGGGAUGAGAGCUCUACUAGACACUGUGGUUCAGGCCCUGCCUCAGGUGGGGAAUCUGGGUCUGCUCUUCAUGUUGCUGUUCUUCAUCUAUGCAGCACUGGGAGUGGAGCUGUUUGGGAAACUGGAGUGUUCCGAGGAGAACCCGUGUGAGGGUCUGAGUCGUCACGCCACGUUCCAGAACUUUGGCAUGGCGUUCCUCACCUUGUUCCGCGUUUCCACCGGUGACAACUGGAAUGGAAUUAUGAAGGACACGCUGCGGGACUGUCGUCCAGAGGACCGCUCCUGUCUGUCCUACCUUCCUCUGGUUUCUCCGGUCUACUUCGUGACCUUCGUCCUGACGGCCCAGUUCGUGCUGGUCAACGUGGUGGUGGCGGUGUUGAUGAAACACCUGGAGGAGAGCAACAAGGAGGCACAGGAGGAGGCAGAGGAGGAGGCCAAGGAGGAGGAGGCGCGUCAGGAGGAGGCCAGGCAACAGGAGGCCAGGCAAGAGGAUGCGCGACAGGAGGCCAUCUGUCCCUUUAGCAACGCCACAGUGGGCGGCGUGGAAUCAUCUGGACAGGUUGUGGAAGAAGAGCGUUGUCGUGGUAGCCUGCUGACCGCGGGCCGGCCGUCUCUGUCUCGUAUGAUGUCUCUGCCUAGCGACAGCUACAUGCUCCGCCCCCUACAGCCUCUCGGACACACCCGCUACCCUCCCAUUGGCCACGACACCUACAAGGGAUGCGGUUUCUCAGGUUCUGUCUACUCCAUGGGUUCUAGCGGAGCAGGAUCCCUACUGCAGGUCCCGGGGGCGUUACCGUCUGGAAGCCACGCAUCCCUCAGCUCCAGGGGCUCCAGCUGCAGACCCACAGUCAGGCUCAGCCCCUCCCACAGCGUAGACAGACACUCCCUCUCCAUGGCGAGACACACCCCCAGGAGGCCUGGCCACGUUGACAGCAGACGGGCCUCUUAUAUACAUAGUCCAUCCCACAGUAUGGACACACAUAGUUACAGACUCAGCCCUGCUCAGAGCAUCGACAGAGACUCCUCCCGUUACCCUCGAUAGACGGGCCUCUUAUAU